UGUCGAAAGGGACGUGCACUCAGAAUGGCUGCUCAAAGAAUGGCUUGCUUGCUAGCUUUCCUGUUUGUUAUUGCCAUCUCUUCAUGUAAAGCGAGUAAUGAUACGAUUCCUGCAGUUAUCUGGCAUGGAAUGGGUGAUUCGUGCUGUAAUCCCUUGAGCAUGGGCUCUAUAAAACGACUGAUCCAAUCGAAAAUACCGGGUAUCUAUGUUCGUUCUCUUAUGAUUGGAAAUAAUAUAAUCGAGGAUACUGAAAAUGGAUUUUUGAUGAAUGUCAAUGAUCAGAUCACUCAAGUUUGUGGAAAGCUUGCCAAUGACCCCAAACUGAAAAACGGUUACAAUGCCUUGGGAUUUUCUCAAGGAGGACAGUUUCUGCGAGCAGUAGCCCAGCGAUGUCCUAACCCACCUAUGCGUAAUCUCAUCAGUUUUGGUGGCCAGCACCAAGGGGUGUAUGGUUUUCCACAUUGUCCAGGAAGUGCUACUAUUUGUAAUAUUGUCAGGGAGGCACUGAACUAUGGUGCUUAUAUCAGUUAUAUCCAAGACCAUAUUGUCCAGGCUGAAUAUUGGCAUGAUCCACUCAAUGAAAAAGAAUACAGGGAGAAGAGUGUCUUUCUUGCUGACAUAAACCAGGAAAAAACAACAAACAACACCUACAAAGUUAAUCUAAUGAAGCUGAAGAACUUUGUAAUGGUCAUGUUUGCUAAUGAUACCAUGGUGGUUCCAAAGCAAUCUGAGUGGUUUGGAUUCUACAAACCAGGGCAGGCAAAGGAGCUUUACACUCUACAAGAAAGUGACCUUUAUAAAGAGGAUCGUCUUGGUCUGCAAGAAAUGAACAAAGCUGGCAAGCURCACUUCUUAACAGCCAUUGGAGAUCAUCUUCGAUUCACUGAUGAAUUUUUUGAAGAAAAGAUUUUACCCUUUUUAAAGAUGUAGCAUUCCCAUGAAAUUGUUUUAACUAGAAAAUCUUAUUAAUACUAAACCAAAACAAUAGUCUAAUGAAAAUUAACAGAUCUGCUACAAAUGUACACAGCAUUCUUGUGGUGUACAUCAAGUGAAGACACUGAGUUAAA